AAUGCAGCUGUGUGUUGUCAUUCCGCUGUUUUACUUUCUUCCUCUUUUUAGAUUUUCUGGCUUUACAGAAUAAAUGCGCAUUAUCUAGCACCUUGUAUGUCUCCUACAAAGUUCUGACCCGGGUUAGUGGGGCCUAUAACCGGUCCAGGUAUUUAAAAACCCGGAAUGGAUUGAAUCGGACUGCAUUGACAAAGUCAAGUGCAGUCGGUGAGUCCGGAAGUAGAGCAUGUUGACUUUCAAAGUAAAUGUCAAAUAUAUCAGGAAACUAAGGGGAAAACUCUGGCUUGUUCAUUGAGCCAGGACAAAUGUAAACUCCUGUUGAUGAAUACAACCAUUUCAUCAUAGUAUUAAUUAACAUCUCAUCAAGGAGGUUUAAUUGGAUUUUUCAAAUAAUCUGUUGAUAUGUAAAUGUGUUUUUGUUGAAUUUGAAGCAAAGUUUAAGAACCAUUAGGGAUUCACAAAAGAAAAACAUUUUUGAUCUGAAAAGCAGCUGAAGUUAAAGCGGAAACGGGUUGCUGGUUAUGUCUACCUUGAUGGUGAGAGCUGAGUGUCGCGGGAGCUGCGGACCGUUCUGAGCGGAUCUGACUGGAUACACUGAGGACAUUAAUGCUACCUCAACACCAACUAUAUUAUUAUAACCCGUCAGCUCGGUUUAGCCUCUACGGGGCUACAUAAGGAGGCAAGCUGGAAGCACCCGGAGAACCUCGGAUAUCUACGCGGCAUGGAUGCUUCGUGAGCAGCGGCAGGUGUGAGGAGAUGAUGCCGGGGGAGCCGCCGGUGGGAACCGGCCGUGUGGUGCUGGUCAAGAAGAUCUUCAUGAAGGACGGAGCUGCGCUCCAGCAGGGUAUCGGCAGGCCCAGUGUGUAUCACGCAGUGGUGGUGAUCUUUCUGGAGUUCUUCGCCUGGGGACUACUCACCACGCCCAUGCUCACUGUUUUACAUGAAACAUUUCCCCAGCACACGUUCCUGAUGAACGGCCUCAUUCAGGGCGUGAAGGGUCUGCUGUCGUUCAUGUCUGCUCCUCUGAUUGGUGCGUUGUCGGACGUGUGGGGUAGGCGGACCUUCCUGUUGGUCACAGUCUUCUUCACCUGCGCUCCCAUCCCCCUGAUGAGGCUCAGCCCCUGGUGGUACUUCGCCAUGAUCUCCAUGUCUGGAGCGUUCUCCGUCACAUUCUCCGUUAUCUUCGCCUACGUUGCUGAUGUGACAGAUGAGCGAGAGAGGAGUACAGCCUACGGUCUGGUGUCAGCUACCUUCGCAGCCAGCCUUGUCACGAGUCCAGCCAUCGGGGCCUACCUGUCCGCCUGGUAUGGAGACAACCUGGUGGUCCUGCUGGCCACACUAAUCGCUCUGGCCGACAUCUGCUUCAUCCUGCUGGCUGUGCCCGAGUCUCUGCCAGACAAGAUGAGGCUCAACACCUGGGGGGCCCCCAUAUCCUGGGAGCAGGCGGACCCCUUCACUUCUCUGAGGAAGGUGGGUCAGGACCCGACGGUCUUGAUGAUUUGCAUCACUGUGUUCCUGUCGUACCUGCCAGAGGCCGGACAGUACUCCAGCUUCUUCCUCUACCUGAGACAGGUCGUCAAUUUCUCCUCCACAACCAUCGCUGUGUUUAUUGGAGUGGUGGGCAUUCUGUCUAUCGUAGCACAGACCCUCUUCCUCACACUGCUGAUGAGGACUCUGGGUAAUAAGAACACUGUUCUGUUGGGUUUGGGCUUCCAGAUCCUUCAGCUGGCCUGGUACGGCUUUGGAUCAGAGCCAUGGAUGAUAUGGGCAGCUGGUGCUGUAGCAGCGAUGUCCUCCAUCACCUUCCCAGCUGUCUCUGCUCUGGUGUCACAGUCAGCUGAUCCUGAUAAACAAGGUGUGGUCCAGGGGAUGAUCACAGGAAUCCGGGGUCUGUGUAACGGUCUGGGGCCCGCUCUUUACGGAUUCAUCUUCUUCCUCUUCAACGUCGAGCUCAACACCAUCGACCCCAUCGAGGGAGAAUUCAACGUGGACCCUCUGCCUGUGCAGGGUCCCACUGAGCGAGGCCUCAUCCCCGGCCCCCCCUUCCUGCUGGGGGCAUGUUCCGUGGUGGUGGCCUUCCUCGUGGCUCUGUUCAUCCCUGAGAAACCAUCCUGCUCCUCCUCGUCCUCCCACAUGUCCCUCAGCGAGAAGCCCCACCCGGACAGCAAAGAGUCCAUGUCCUCGCUGGCUGGAGUCCACAUCAACACCCCCCUCCCCGGCAGCGACGAGGAGGCCCCUCCCACGGCCAGUGAUGAGGACUUUGAGCCGCUGCUGCAGGACAGUGUUGUUUGAUAGCCAUUUUGUUACAAAGAAAAACCAGUGACACGUUUAUUUGCUGCAGGGCGGGACUAAGUGUACUUUUAUUGUCAGAAGAUGGAGAGCGACAGCAAAAAGCUCCGGUAGUAUUGUUUUGUUGCCUGUGGGCGGUACCGACUACUUCAGCUGCCGCGAUUGGAGUCAGUAUCCUACUGAUAAUGACCAAUAGAGGUGUCUCUUUCACAAGGAAGCGGGAGCAAUGAUCUGCAAUUAAAUGAGGUCAUAGGAUCCAACAGAUGGGACGGAGAGGAUUAUUGGACCGUCAGAUGGAUGGUGGGGUCAGAAGGGCAGCAUAGUUUGAAGGGAAACCAUCGUUGGAUUGACAGGAGGAGGGACCAACUCUGUUUCUAUAGAACGGUGUGGCCAGUUUGGAUACGCCCACAUAAAAUCACCUGAAAGGAAAGAGAAGUAUUUUUUAAGUAUUUUUAAUGGAAAGAUUAUUGUUCAUCUUUAAGCUUGAAGUAGGUGAUUGUUUUUGUGAUAACCAAGAAAAGGUGUUUUUACCUUCAGCUGUAUCAUUUCAAAGCUGAAUUUUGAUGCUGUGAUUAUUUCUUAUUGGUUAUUGUACAGAUGAAACAUGUCUGCAACAUAUUUACAGAAGCCAAAACAUCAGUUCAUCUACACAUCAAUAUACCUGCUGAAGAGGUUUCUGUUAUGUGUUUUUCCUUUUGGCAGAACUAAGGGGAUUUAUAUUCUUUUCAAGUGUACAGUAUCUUACCUGCUAUGAGCUAUCGUUAGCUAACAAAGUAUGAAUGUGACGAGCUUAGACACGAGUCCUCCAUCUGGAAUCAAACUUAUAUCCAUCUGAAUACUUACCAUCAUGGCCAAAGUCGCUCCUUUAAUUUCUCUAACUGACUUUCAACACCCCCGGGCCCUGUCUGUCACUCUACCUCAGAUCAGCCGGUUGGAAAUCAAACUCAUCCUGGCUCUGCUCAUCCUCUAUCACUCUGGUUUUAUUUGUAUAAAAGUCACUUUAUGAAAGCUGCUGGCUGCUGGCAGUGGAAAAAAACCUCAGAGCAGCGACACUGGGAACCACAGAGUUUAUGUUUCCAGGAUGACCUCAUCGUUAUUUCUAUUUCAGUUCAAAGCUGUUCUACAACCCAAAUAGUUCAAUGUACUAAGAUAGAAUCUCAGUCAAUGAAAUAGUUUCAUAUAGUCUCAGGAUUCUUUGGAUAUCACCAGUGUUACUGAACAGUUACAGUUGGACAACAGCACUGGAAUACUCUUUUAAAUAUUUCACCCUCUGAACCCAAAGUGUGUUUAUGCUCCUGUCACACUUGUUGACUUGUUGAUCCUGCACUUUUGAACAGCACAAUGAUAGCUAGAAGCAGGAAAAAAUUGUGUUAUGUUAUUAUGCUUAUGCUACAUAUUACUCAGCUUUUAAUGGUGUCAUGCUGCAAUAUAGUGCCUUUCCAGAAUGUAAGUUUAGAAAUGCUACUAGCUAGCAGCAUGACACCAUCAAUUUGCUCCAUUUCUUCUGGCUCCGGUGGCCCAGGCUCGGUGUGCCUUGGAUUCCGAGUUUUCCUGAGUGCUUGGACCCCAGGACCCCCAGGAAUUUGGUUGGAUCUAACUUUUAGUUGAACUGGUAGAUCAGCUGCUCAGUUUAGUCCUGAGGGUGUGCUAACACAUGGAGUCAGCUGGACAGUUGUUUUCCUCUCACGGCAGAGAUAUUCCUGUGAAUAAACUUAUACUUGAAGCAUCAGACAGAGAUUUAUCGAACUGACUCAUAGUUACUUGCUUUAUGAACCUAAAAUGUAAAUGUACAUGGGAAUGAUAUAAUGGGUGAAGUGUAGGGUAGGCUUGUUUAUUGUGAUUGAUAUGAAGGUCGCCCCUCUUUCUUCAGAUGGGUUUUGGGCUCAAUGGCACACUGCGGGUUGGUGGUUCAACUCCCCCCGUUUAGUUCAGACCAUUAUGUUCAGAUUAGACUAUGAAACUUACAAAUAGUAUUUUUUUUAUUCGCACCUGAGUAUGUUUACCUGCGCAUCGCUGGUCAUAUUUAAGACAUGACCAUUAAACAAAAAGAUCAAAUACAAACUUGUUAUUAUAACUUUGCAACUCAGCUACUUUUUUUAAAUACAGUUUAAAGGUGCUAGAUCAGAUCAACACAUUUGCUAUUUGUCUUGUGCAAACUUAGAUCUGCUUUUUAACUAUUUCUCCAAUCUAAUGUCAGCAUGGUGUGGCGUGUCAUUUCAUUACCAUAAUGACAAACAGUUUUUGUUGCCCUUUUCAUUUAAGAUUUAUGCUUUUCCACAACUUUAUGUUUCUAAAAAACCAGGGUGAGUGGUAAACCGGGUUUCUGUAGUAGUGAAUCUGAAACCCAGAUCAUAAGUACGAUGUUAAUGUGCAUGUGGCAUCUCACAUGUGAUUUUUAACAUUAAACAUCUGCACCCACUCACCUGGUCCAGCAACAGUGAACCUGACUCAGUGUACAUAUUAAACAUGGAUUGGAUGUUUGUUCAUGUGAAGAAAUUAAAUGUACAUGAGAUUCACUGUAAAUUCAGUCUGUCUGUUGUCUUGUCUGGAAAUGUACCAGCUAGUUGUUGGUUACUGGAAAAUAAAACAGAACAACACUU